AUGGGCUAUUCAUGGCCAGAAGCAGCCCGCGAGCGGGACCUCCACAGGUUUGGUUUGUGCAAUGAACACACUUCUGCUGCAGCUAAGGAUGCACUUAGAUACUACCGCCCAUGGCUCGAUGCACAGAGCCUGGUUGAUGCUGCCGACGGUUCUGGUAAAGGCCUGACCUACUCUGGCUACCAGCCCCAGACGUCGCGCGACCGCUCCCUGACUGCCUUUGCGCAGCUCGCCACGCUACGUCUGGACACGCGCCGGGCUAUGGUCUCGCUCAUCGACUCGCACCACCAGUACAUUCUUGCCGAGGCCACUCGCACCCUCUCGCUGUUCAAGCCUGUCGCCGAAGAGCCCGAAGACGAGGUAUGGCUGGGCAACGCCAUCUUGACCAAGACCGACGCUGUCUGCUACCACACCUUUGCCUCGACGUAUACUGCCAAGGAGGAGGAUGGAAGCACAAUCACAGGCGAAUGCAUGGUCAUACCCGACUGCAGACUAGACCCUAGGUUCGCCGACAAGGACUAUGUCAAGGGCGAGCCUGGCGUUCGAUUCUACGCUGGAGUACCCAUCAUCACCAAGGCAGGUCAUCGCAUUGGCGUUUAUGCCGUGUCUGAUGAGAAGCCCCGUGAGGCUAUCAGUGCUGGCGAACUGCGCUUUAUGCAGGAUGUCUCCGCUGCCGUCAUGGAGCACCUCGAGCUGGCCAAAGACAGUAUGGACCGCAACAAGGGUGAGCGCAUGGUACGCGGCUUGACACAAUUCAUCGAGCGCUCCUCUGUCCAAGACAUACGCGAAGACGGUAACCGGCCCACGACUAUGGAGAAACAGACUGAGAAUGCGCGCUUGGUAGCCCUUGCCGAAGAAGAGGAAGAAGAAGGAUCCAAUACGGCUGCUCCUGUCAGACAAACCCUGCGCAAACGUGAUGCAGAAUCUGACGUAGCUCGCAUCUUCCACAGGGCCGCUCGUAUAAUACGUCAGAGCACUGAGGCCGACGGCGUCGUCUUCUUCGACACUUCAGCCGCUGGAAUAAGAACCCAUCUCUAUGACUACAACCGCAGUUCCGCUAGUAGCGACGAGAGUGCGACACACAACACUGACACUGGCGACUCGGCUGCCUCACGGAAGCACAAGAAACAGACAGCCAUCACUGCCGAUGGCGCAUCGGACGCAAAUGGUGCUGACAGCAAGCCCUGCCCUGUUGUUGGAUUGUCGUUACGUGAAGGAAACGCGGCCCUAGUGCACACAGACUUCAGCUUCAACGAAGCUGCCAUGGAACGCUAUAUACAUCGGUACCCGUACGGAAAAUUUUUCAACUAUAAUGAGGAUGGCAUCGGUGUUAAUUCUUCCGAUGAGAAGUCAGAACGCUCCGAGACUGAGCAGUCGGACCGCACACUCGACGGAUCCACCGCUAACACCAAGAAGCCGCGCAAGAAGCGAGAAAGAUUCAUCCCAACUGAAUUCCUAAAAGUCUUGCCCAAGGUCAGAAGCCUAAUAUUCCUGCCACUCUGGUGUCCGGCCACGGAACGAUGGAUUGCUGGUGGCUUUAUCUGGACAACCCAAGCCGGACGACUCAUGAGCCCAGACAACGAGCUGCCGUACCUACAAGCAUUUGGUAAUUCAGUGACCAGUGAAGUAGGCCGACUAAAUGCUCAGAAGGCGGAUCGUGCCAAAACUACCUUCAUUGCCUCCAUAUCGCACGAGCUACGUUCGCCACUCCAUGGUAUUCUCGGCUCUGUUGAAUUUUUACGCGAGACCGUGGCAUCGGCAUAUCAAGAGUCUCUAGUUUCUUCCAUCGAGACAUGCGGCAAAACAUUGCUUGAUACAAUUGACCAUGUGCUUGACUACGCAAAGAUCAACAAAUUACAAAAGGUCGCUGGGCAGAACAAGCGAAGCCUGGGGCGGAGCAGGAGACAACCUGCUGACAAUUCCAUCCUUGGUGUUACCUCUGACUUUGAUCUAGCGCAAUUGGUCGAGGAGGUCUGUGACACUGUGUGUGCCGGUCACACCUUCAGAAAGACUCACCACGUCCGAGGAUCCGCCAUCUAUGAUCAGGCUGAGAGCAAAGCUGCGAAUAGCUCGAUACAAGACGCAAAUGGCAAUAAUGAUGUGGAGGGCAGAGAUACGCAUGGAUCCGUCGCUGUCUCUUUGAUCGUAGCCCCCUAUGUUAGCUGGAUAGUGCGAUCGCAACCCGGCGCCCUGCGACGUAUCGUUAUGAACUUACUGGGCAAUGCACUGAAGUAUACGGACUCCGGUUAUAUCGCCAUCAAGAUGCUACAACACAAAAGCUCAGCCGACGUCAUGGACUUGUCUCUUAGUGUGGAAGACUCCGGCAGAGGAAUGUCGCAGGAAUACCAGCGAACGAAAUUGUUUUCUCCAUUCAGCCAAGAGGAUCCAUUCAGCUCUGGUACCGGGUUGGGCCUUUCGAUUGUCAAGCAAAUCAUAGAAUCCUUGAAGGGCGAGAUCGAAGUGAGGAGUACUCACAACGUCGGCACUGUCAUCAAGAUCAAUAUACGUCUGCCGAUUGGAUCCAAGGAGAACGCGCAGCAAGAUCUUGCUCUUGUUCGGGCACCUCGGGAGCUGAAGGACACGUCUGUCUCGAUUGCUUGCGACAUGACUGACACUCAAGGUGGCGAACGAGGACUCAAAACCAAAGAGUCCAUGGAAAACGCGUGCAAGAAUUUCGACAUGAAGAUUGUUGCGUCGAAGCAUUCCGACGCUGACAUAUCGGUCACUGAUAUCGACUUCCUGCUUAUAGACUCCCCCUCUCUCUACCAGCUGAUACAGAAGUCGAACUCCCAUCGUUCUAACAAGUCACCGCUGGGCGUGGUUUGUGUCUGCACAGAUACUUCAGAGAAAACUGCAGUGGAGACUCAGCUCGCGAGACAGGUUGAGGCGCUUGGCUGGCUUAUGGAAAUAGUCACCCAGCCCUGUGGACCUCGAAAGCUUGCCCGAUCACUUCUAUCUUGCCAGAAGCGUGCCUCGCAACACAACAAUGAGCGACCCAUUAGUCGAUCGAUGAGCUCCUCCAUAGUACAACCUGAAUUCCAGUCCCUCGCCCCGCCUCGCGUUCUAUCUCAGCGGAGUCUCAGCGACAUGUUCCCACAAGACAUCUCGACGCGACAAGCCGACAAUGUAGCUGGAGGCCCUUCUCCACCCCCACCUCGCCCCUUUCCAUCCAUUACAACCCCUUUGAGUCCCACCCCAAGCGAGAGCGGCGAAUACUUUAAUCCACGAAUUCUCCUCGUAGACGACAACGCCAUCAACUUGAAGCUCCUCGUCGUUUUCGCCAAGCGACAAAAUCUGCGUUACGUCGAAGCAACCAACGGUCUCGAAGCAUUCGAAACCUUCAAAUCAGAAGCUACUUCUUCUUCCCCACCAGCUCGUCCUUUCGACUUUAUACUCAUGGACCUGAGUAUGCCCGUAAUGGAUGGCCUGACGAGUACACGGCACAUUCGCCAGUUUGAGAGCAAGAACGGACUACCCAAGUCACAUAUCGUGGCACUCACUGGACUGGCAAGUGCGCAGGACCAGAAAGAUGCGCACGAGGCAGGUGUGGAUAUGUACCUUGUUAAACCAGUCAAGUUCGCGGAUAUCAAGCGUGUUUUCGGCGGAAAGUGA